AAUUAUAAAAAAAAAAAUUAACAAGUAUCAGUUAUUACAGUAAUGAAUAAUUAAAUAAUAAUAAAUAAUCAAAAAAAAAAAUAGAAAAUGAAAAUAGGCAAAUCAAUAUUGUUAUUAUUAGUUAUAUAUAUAUUUUCAAUAGUUAAAUCUAUUGAAAUUCACAAAAACCCAAAUAUUAAAAACUCAAAUGUUAAAAACCCACAGAAAAACCCAUAUAGUAAAGACGAUAUUGGAGGUGAUAAGGAGGAUAAAACAUUAAAAAAAAUUCAGGUCGGUAGAAAUGGAUUAAAUGAUACUUUAUAUUGGGGCACAUACAAACCUCAGCAAUAUUUCGGUUUAAAAACUAGAUCAAUCGAGCCAAUUAACACAGGUUUAAUUUGGUCUACCCCUAAUAUCAAUUAUGGUUUCAACAGAUUCAAUUAUAAAACCAGUCAAGGUGGUGAUGGUGUAGCUUCAUACAAGUGGUUAAAGCAUGAUGGUAAAAAUUUUGGUGUUCAAGAAAUCCAAGAUAGCAAAGGAAAUUUAAAUUUAACAACAUCAUUUGUUAAAAAAUCUGGUAAAAAAGGUGGUGACUGGUCAAUUAGAGUUAGUGGUAAAACAAAUGAAACAAAUAUUAAUAGUCAACCAAUAACAUCAUUAAUUUAUUUUAUUCAUGACGAAAGUAUCAAGAGAUCACGAGGCGAAACCAAUUUUUUAAGUGUUCAAAACCAUAAGAAGGGCGACACAGAUAAUAUUAAUGGUGAUUUACAAAUUAAGGGUGAACAUAAAGAGAUUGGUAAAUAUACACUCUACUUUUCAGAUAUAUCAAAUAAAGAAAAACAACAGGAAACUUUAAAAAAAUAUAAAUUAGUCGAUGAACAUCCAGAUAUUGAAGGUUGGCGUUACUAUGGUGUUUCAAAAUUCACAGAAAACAAUUGGGAUAUAUUACCAACUAUUUUUGAUAUGACCACUAAAAUACAUCUUAAUCCAGUUGCAGAUAAAUGGGUAAAAGACCAAAGAAAAAUUAUUAUACCAACAUUACCAAAUAUAAUAAAUGAAAAAUCAAAUAUUAUUGCAAUUCAAAGAGUUUUAACUGUACCAUUCGAUGUAGUUGAAGAAAUUGUAAAAUCAUUAUUUGUUGGAUCUAAUUUCGAUAAUUUAUUUAAUCAACAUGAAAAACAAUUUGAUGAUAAAUUUAAUCUCAAAUUUAAUUAUGAAAAACUCCGUAAACACCCAGAAUAUGUUUAUAAAGUUACAAAAGAAUCACUCAGUAGUUUAAUUGGUGGUUUUGGUUAUUGGUACGGUAGUUCAUUAUUUGAAAGUUCAUCAGGUAGAUUUUUAAAAACCAAACCAGUUGCAUUAUAUUCAGCAACACCAAGUAGAACAGCAUUCCCAAGAGGAUUUUUAUGGGAUGAAGGUUUCCAUCAGUUGGUUGUAUCAUCAUUUGAUAUUGAUUUAACAAUCGAAUCACUAUCACAUUGGUUUAAUAUAAUGAAUAAAAACGGUUGGAUUCCAAGAGAACAAAUUUUAGGACGUGAAGCACAAUCAAUGGUGCCAGACGAAUUUGUUAAGCAAUCACCCAUAAUAGCUAAUCCACCAACUAUAAUACUAGCAGUAAACAAAUUAAUUGAACUUGCAGAAGUCCACAAAAAAGCAGGUCACAAAGAAGAGUUUGAUAAAAUUUUCGAAUUUAUAAAUGAAGCUUACCCAAGAAUUCAAAGAUUCUAUCAAUACUAUUGGAAAACUCAAAAGUCAGGUGCUUUAGAGAAUGCAUUCCGUUGGAGGGAUAGAAAAGUUAAUCAUACCCUCGCAUCAGGUCUCGAUGAUUAUCCAAGAGCUGACAUCCCAUCAGAUGCCGAAAUUCAUGUAGAUUUAAACAGUUGGAUGGCAUUCUUUGCUCAAUCACUAGCUAAAAUAUCCGAAUUUAUAGAUAAGAAAGAGGAUACUGUAACCUAUCAAAAUCAAUUUAAUGCCAUCUUUAAAGUCAUCGAAGAUUACCAUUGGGAUCCAGAAGAAAAUCUUUUCCAAGAUAUUUUGCUCCAUCCAAAUGGCACUAAAGAGUUUAUAAAAACAUAUGGUUAUUUAAAUUAUUUCCCAUUGAUGUUGGGUAUUCUUCCAGAAGAUUCUCCAAAGAUUCCACCACUUGUUUCAACAUUAAAAGAUGUCAAUGGUAUUUGGUCAAGAUGGGGUAUUCGUUCAUUAUCAAUCAAAGAUAAGCAUUUUGGUACCAACGAAAACUAUUGGAGAGGACCUAUUUGGAUUAAUAUCAACUAUUUAUUCACCCACUCUAUGUAUAAAAAAUAUAUGAAAAAUUCACUUUCAGUUUCAGACCUUUACAUUUCCUUAAGAUUUAAUCUCUUAUCAAAUGUAGGUAAAAAAUAUAUAGAAACUGGAUUCUUUUGGGAACAAUAUGAUCCAAUUAAUGGUAAUGGUCAAAGAAAUCAUCCAUUCAAUGGUUGGACUUCAUUAAUUUCCUUAAUAAUUUCAGAACAAUAUUAAAAAAAAAACAAAAUAAUAAAAUAAAUAAAUAAAUAAAUAAAAUCAAAAAAAAAUAUAAAAGAAAAAAUAAUAUUU